AUGUGGAAGCAGUUCCUCAGCAAGCUGCCCCGGAAGUCGUUGGCCUCCGGGGACUCAGGCCAGUGCAGCAAUGGCACCGGGAUACAGCGCACGAGCAGCUGCGGGAGCAUCCCGCCUGGCCGCCCUGCCUCCGCCAUCCGGCGCAUGUCAUCCGCCGUCUUCCCCUCGAGUGUUGUGGCUGGUAUUGAGCCGCUGGUGUCGUUCAAGGACGUCCCCAACUCGGAGAAGCAGAACCUGUUUGUGAGCAAGCUGAGCCUGUGCUGUGUCGUCUUUGAUUUCUCGGACCCGAACAAGAGUUCAGUGGAGAAGGAUAUCAAGAGGCAGGCAUUGCUGGAUCUUAUAGAGUUUGUCGAGUCGACCAAUGCUCGCUUCUCGGAGGCGGCGAUCGCGGCCUGCUCUAGGAUGUGUGCCAUCAACCUGUUCCGGGCGUUCCCUCCAAACUGCAGGUCUGGCUCAUCAGGUGGUGGUGAGGGCGACGAGGACGAGCCAAUGUUCGAUCCUGCUUGGUGCCAUCUGCAGCUUGUUUAUGAGCUGCUGCUGAAAUUUAUUGGAUCAUCAUCCUUGGAUGCAAAGAUAGGGAAGAAGCACUUUGAUCACUCAUUCAUUGUGAAGCUCCUUAAUCUUCUUGACUCCGAGGAUCUAAGAGAAAGGGAUUGUUUGAAAACUAUUCUGCACAGGGUAUAUGGGAAGUUCAUGGUACACCGUCCUUUCAUUCGCAAAGCAGUGAGCAAUAUAUUCUACCAGUUCGUCUUUGAGACUGAUCGGCACAAUGGGAUCGCGGAGCUGCUGGAGGUCUUUGGCAGUGUCAUUAGUGGGUUUGCAUUGCCUCUGAAAGAAGAACACAAGAUCUUUCUUUGGAGGGUUUUGGUUCCUCUACACAAACCGAAAUCUGUUGGUGUGUAUCUUCAGCAGUUGACCUACUGUGUGACACAGUUUAUAGAAAAGGACCCAAAGCUUGCAAGCUCAGUGAUAAUUGGUUUGUUAAGAUAUUGGCCAAUAACAAAUUGUCAGAAGGAAGUGAUGUUUCUCAGUGAGAUUGAAGAGAUCUUGGAGUCUACCAGCCAGGCAGAAUUCCAGAAAUGUAUGGUACCAUUGUUUCGGCGGAUUGCUCAUUGUAUCACCAGUUCUCACUUCCAGGUUGCUGAAAGAGCGCUCUUCGUAUGGAAUAAUGAUCACAUUAUCAGCUUGAUUGCACAAAACCGCCAAGUGAUCAUGCCUCUUGUUGUUCCAGCACUAGAGCACAAUAUUCAGAAUCACUGGAACCAAGCAGUCCUGAAUCUAACUAUGAAUGUCAAGAAAAUGUUUUCUGAGAUGGACGAUGAUCUCUUCUCAUCAUGCCUGGCCAAGUACAAGGAGGAAGAAGAAAAACGUGCGUCGCUAGAAGCGAAGCGUAAGCUUACCUGGGAGAAGCUUGAGUCAGCUGCAGCUUUCCAGCCAGUGACUGGCCAUACAGCCGUCCUAGUAGGCCACCAUCCAUCAGCAAAUAUGAUCGCCACCCUGAUCUAG